AUUUCUUAACUCGGACCUACACAACUUAGUCUUCUUACAAAACAUCAUCUCCUUCUCUCAAAGCUUCUCCAAAACUCAUCACAUUCUUCACUCUCACACCUCUCUCUCUCUCUCUCUCUCUCUCUCUCUCUCAUCAACAUGGGAAGAACACCUUGCUGCGACAAAAAUGGCCUCAAGAAAGGCCCGUGGACUCCCGAAGAAGACGCGAAGCUCACUCAAUACAUCCACGCCCACGGCGCCGGAAAUUGGAGAAAUCUUCCCAAAAAUGCCGGCCUUCAGAGAUGCGGGAAGAGUUGUCGACUGCGCUGGACCAAUUAUCUAAGGCCAGAUAUCAAGAGGGGAAGAUUCUCAUUCGAGGAAGAAGAAACCAUAAUCCAACUCCAUAGUGUUCUUGGCAACAAAUGGUCGGCCAUAGCGGAACGUUUGCCGGGAAGAACGGACAACGAGAUCAAGAACUACUGGAACACACACAUCCGGAAGCGGUUGCUCCGGAUGGGGAUCGAUCCGGUGACCCACGCGCCGCGGCUCGACCUGCUCGACCUCUCGUCGCUCUUCAACUCUCCGCAGCUCAGCCUCCUCCGCCUCUUGAAUCCGGAGGCGCUGAGGCUGGCGGCGACCCUAGUGUCGUCCAACGGCGGCGUCGACGCGCAGCUGAUGUUGAAUUCGCAGCUUCAAAAUCAGCUGCAGGCGGCCCCACCCAUCCAACCUAAUCACUUUGAAAAUAUAAUUAUCGAUCAACAAAUCCCACCAAACAUCAACAACAAUUCGUUUCACAAUCAUCAGUCUCAGUAUCAACAAGUGUUUCAAGAUGAUUUGAUGCCUACUGCAAAUGCGAGCGAUUUUGGUCAAAUUAGGGCAGAUUUGUCUGAAAACUCGAGUUUUCAAUCGAUGAACACCAACAGCAGCGGCAGCAAUAACAACAGCAGCUACAAUUUCAACUCUCUCUCUAGCUCUCCUACGCUUAACUCGAUCGGCAAUGGCGGCGGGGAAGAUGAGAGAGAGAGUUUCUGCAGUGAUCUGUUGAGGUUUGAGAUUCCGGAGAGUUUGAAUUUUGAUGAUUUCAUGUAAAUUUUGGGAGGGAUUUUUAUUUUUAUUUUAUGUUGAGUGAUUUAGGUGUGGUGUUUACAUGUACUAGAUUGGGUUCGAUUUUACAAUGUUUUAGCAUUGAUAGGAGAAUUCUUUUGUAAUCUUAUAUAUGUAUAAUCAUUGAUACUCAGUUAAUCUUAUAUAUGUUUGGUUACAUUUUAA